AUGGCGACACCAACAGCUGUGAAGCACGCUUCACAACAAGGCCGCACCCCCUCGCAACUCGCCGCCGCAACUCCUCCCGUGUCGACACCUUUCUCGAACCCCGCUCACGCUGCUUUCUCCCCUCGAGGGCCGAAAUCUUCGCCUCAGCAGUUCAAGAAGUCGCCUGCCGCAUCAUCACUCAUGGCGCACAUGUCUAAUGUCCCCCUGAACUUCGAUAGCCCUUCCACGGCUGCUGCUAUGGGCGCUCUUGGAAUUGCAGGCGGCCUUGACGUGAACCUGAACAAUGUCGAUGUUGGAAAUCUGAGUGGAUUGCCAUCUCUCGUAAACGAGGACGACAAGCUCAAGCGGUUGGAAGCGAUUAUCGCAACCUUGGAUAAAAAGAAGGGACUCGUAAGCGAGGCUGGUCUGGAACGUCUGGCCCAGCGCAUAGGGCUCGACUGCCUCUCGGAAGACACCACAGCACCUGACGGCCGAAAACAAAGAACUCUCGUUAUAGCAGGUUCGGCUAUUCAGCUGGACAUCAUUCUGGACAACAAUAUCGUCGAAAAUAUUUCUCUUGCAUUUCCAGAAUCUGCUGCAUCGGUUACGAAGCACGUCAGCCGAGCAAGUGAAAUUCUUCUAAAAGACUUGCAACUGCUCCCGAAUCAGAGUCCAUUGACGAAAACCCUCGAUGAGUUCGCAGUUAACCUUGAGCGUUUAGCUGUUCUGGAUAAGCUCAGUAUCAUUCCCGGACUCGAUUGCCAUGAAGCAAUAACGGGCAUAUAUGCGAGCCUGGAAAAACUUCAUCAGUGGGAUGUGGCUAAGCUUCGCGAAGAGCCAGGAAUGAGCAACAAGUCCAACAGCGCCUUAUCCACAGCAGCAAUGUGCGCACGACAUGGCUGCCCCGUCAUGCACUCAAAAGAUAGAGUGGGAGUAGCACUGCAAUAUUGGAAGGUUCUUCGCCACAUCGAGCCAACAAAUGAGCAGAUGGCUUUGUUCACUGCAUCUCAAGAACAAGUCUGGUCGCUCCUUAUCGGAUGUGCUCCGAUAGUGGAUGAGGUGAUGCCUGUGCGAGUCUCCGAGGACUGGAUUUCCAAGGACAUUGUAAAGGCAGAACCCUCAAUGGAUCCCAAGCGGCCCAAUCUGGAUUGGCAACAGCCCGGCAACGUUGUGCUCCCAUCCACAGAAGAGAACAAGAAUGCAGGAAUGGAAGUGCUUCAGCCUGACCUCUCCACAGCAAGGGUACCGCAAGUCAUGUUCACUGCUACGUUUGACCCGCCAAUCAUUAUGUCUCACAACGAUUGGUCGCACUUAUACAACAUUAUCAACAUCAAGGCACCGCAACUUUACGGAUACUUGCCAACCUUUGACAGUCUGCUCUUUCCCAUACCUUCAGGCAGCAGUCAGGACCCUAGUGAGCUCCGCGCAAUCUCCCGUAAACGCGACGUCCGUAUCUACGACAAAGAUCAGAAAUUGGCUGUCAAACCCCAUCGCAACACGCUGUAUAUUUAUAAGCAGGUAUACUCGCACAGGGUUACUGAGAUCCCCUUCUCUCAUCCCCAACAGCUUAUCUAUAUGCUCCCACUUCUUCGACAGUAUGCUUUCCUUUCAACUUUGCUUGAGAACAGCUUUGGGUCGGAGACUAAAGAGGUUGGGCCGCUACCUAAGCCAGGGAAUGCCGCGGUACGUCCACCCAAGUCUAACAUCACUACCCGGGACGAGCUGGCAGACUUUAUGAAAUCAGCCUCUGUUUCUGACAACAAUGCAUCUCCCUCCUCCCCGGAGCUGAAAUUCGACGUCACUCUAUGGGUUCAUCCAAUGCCUCACCUACAGGUUGUCUUUCCCUUCAAGAACUCGAUCGCCAAUAUCUCUCUGAAGAUCCUGGAGGAUGGAGUUGUCGAGAUUGCUGAAGAAAACGUUCUUCCUCGUGUCGAAAGUGAAAAGAGACAGGGUAAGGAACUUACACGGGCGGACCUGGGUAAGGUGCUGGAACACAUGGAGGACCUGUGCAAAUGGGCAGAAUGGAUUCGUACAAGACUCGCAUGA